GGCGCGAACGGUCGUGAACCUCGCACGUGCCAGCUAGGGACUCGAGAAACGGACAAGAAGAACUGUGAGUGGCCAUGGAGUCGUGCUGUCCGCCGCCGCCGCCCGACCAGGCCGCGAAGGACCUACAGGAGUCGUGGGUGACGCUGGCCACGGACGACACGUACGCGUUCGGUGCCCUUGUGCUGGGCUACUCGCUGCGAGAAGCCCGCACCCGCUACAAGCUCACCGUGCUCGUGACGCGCGACGUGGGGGCCGUCAUGCGACACCUGCUGGCUCAGGCCUUCGACGACAUCGAACAGGUCACGUUGCUCAGGGGCCGGGAUCCCCUGGGCUGCCCCACUCGGGAGGCCGACGGGGUGGCGUGCUCCUACACAAAGCUGCACGUGUGGCGGCUGCUGCACCUCAGCAAGGGUGUCUUCCUGGACGCCGACACCCUGGUGCUGGCCAACUGCGACGAGCUGUUCCGGAGGCGCGAAUUUUCCGCUGUGCCUCUGAGGGGUUGGCCCGACCUUUUCGACACGGGUGUCUUCGUCUUCGAGCCCUCCGAGAAGACGCAUGGCCUGGUGAUGAAGGCGGCCAGAGAGACGGCCAGCUUCGACGGCGUCGACCGCGGUUUGCUCAACGAAGUAUUUGGCCAGCGUUGGAGGAAGGAUUUGUCGCUGCGGCUACCCUUCACCUACAACCUGCAGGCAAGCGCUUCUCUCUUGCCACGGGCACGCCGUUGCGCUGCGUUGUUUCUUUUAGCUUACAAGUUUAUUGCUUCAAUGUGGUUAAAAGCUUUGACAGAUAUGAAAUACAAAGAGGAAGUGUCAUAG